CGUGGCCUCUACAGUACCUUGUUCUCGGCGCUCACCCUCUCGCCGAACGAGGAUUGUCAGAUCUCCUCAGGUGCUCUCAUGGCACUGUCACUAGCUCUGGCUUUGUUCAGAAGGUUGUUGGACAUUUGCAAACGAUGGGCUAAUCGUGCACUGCCGCUUCUGCUUAAACUGUUCUCUGUGAUUGGGCGGUACCUUGGUCUCCGACGAUUUCGCGGUAAGGUGGACUGCACGAAGAAGAACGACGUUGCGCUCACUAGAAUCGGCGAUGGCCAAACGUCUGAGUAUAACAAUGGCGGAACGGCUAAAGGGGAUCCGUCCUCAGCAUCAAACAAUCGUGCUGUAGUCCUCGCAUGCUCUUCGGUUCCGUCAAUGCCUACUACACCACCCGCGGCGCGUUCACAUCACCACGCUAGAUCCAUAGACUCUUCCGCCUCGUUUCCUAUGUCACCAACUAGUACUAUCUCAAACUCACCUGGAUUUCUGUCGGAAAAUGACGCAGAGCUUUACUGUUCUUCGCCGCUGGAAGUGAUUAAAGAAAACUCAUUCAGAGAAAGUUCUAUAAUCGAAGGUGCUUUACAUGCGGAACCUGUACAGUUCACUGCUUCACCGACCGGAUCAAAGUUAAUGAAACCCUUGAAGACUAUCGCACCAUCGGAGAGACCACGAUACGAUCGGAACAUUGCUAUAAAGAGUAAUGAAGGACCUUGGGUACUCGGACCUCUGGCGACUUUUGACGUGUAUAGGAACCGAGAUGUUGCGGGAUGGAAACAUUACGUUCAUCCGGAGGGCCCACCAUAUUACCUGCUAGAAAAGUGUGAUGGACACAGGUUUUCCUAUUUGACGGAAGCAGACCUACAGGACUAUUCCGUCCUAGACGAGGUUGAGGCCUUUGUGUGUGCAGUCGAGAGGCAUACCACAAACUUCAAUUGGGGUCGAGAUAUUCCGGAAAACGUUGAAGUUGUUCUCGAGAUUGAAGACGAGGCGUGGAGCUACUACAUGGUUGACUUGGAACAACGUUGUGUGUUCUGGCUUGAUGAUUAUGAUAUGAGCUAUGCAUUGGGCGAAAAUUUUGGCGUCGAAUCACUAGACCAUUUCCGUAGUCAACUUGAUUUUGAGUUUUGGCAGCACAUCGAAUAUUUCCCUAACCAUCGCAAGCUUGGCCCCGACGUUUUCCAUGAAGCGAUGGGAAUACUUAAUUACUGGAGAGUUGACGUUAAGUCUUCUGCCGAUUCCGCUGCCCCAUACGAUGCCGACGACCUUGACACGCUCGUAGUAUCAGUUAAGCAUCUACACACUGUCUACGAAUCUGGUAACUGUGCUUAUGCGAUGGCAAGUGUCGCGCGCAUAAUGGGUCUUACUAGUAAUGAACGGCAGCUGAACUUUUAUGGCUUCAGUGGCGCCCGUAUCUCAGUAUGGCAGAGUGUACGAGGGAAUAUCCUAAAGAAGCGCUCGAUACUCAUCAAAUCUCUAUCUCCUUUGCUAUUCUAUGCACCGGAGACCCAUCUUUCGGGACUUGAAAAAUUAUGGGUGGACGGCGUGAUAAGAGACCGCAGAUGGAAGAAAUAUCAGUACAAGCUUGAGAGAGACUGGGAAUCGUUCGUGCUUACGUCGACUGUGUUGCUAAAUGCAAACGUCGCACUACUCAGCACACCAAUUAUCUUGUCGGAUAAUGGAGAUGCUGGCCUGUGGGCAUCACCCGCUGCCGUUGCAAGCCAAGUAUCUAUUGUCGCAAGUAUUGCGAGCAUUGUCACUGGCCUUCUCCUUGUGCGGCAGAUUCGAAUAAGCGGGAAAGACAUUGAAGUUACAGCGUCUGAUACUAUAAACUAUCUUAGCAGUAGAAAGCACGAACAGCUCGGACUGGAGACAAUAGCAAUCCAGUAUAGUCUGCCGUACGCUCUCCUUAUGUGGGGCGUAAUAACUUUCUUAACUUCGAUUGCCAUUGCCUGCUUCUUCCGAGUUGAUGGUACGCCAGACAUAGCCGCGCAAAUGAUCUAUGCUGUAUCGUGGCUCUUUGCCAUUCCUCUCAUUCUCUGGACAGUGCUUACCGGCUGGGAAACAAACAACCAAGCGCACUGGUCCGAGUUACUCUCAGCUAGUUGGUGGAAAUCUGUCAUCUACAGGCAUUGGAAGAGUAAACUGCCUUGGACUCGGCGCAUGUCGCAGAAAUCGGAGGACAUUGAGGCCGACCAGGUGACCGGGACGGAGGAAGAGACUGCAGCUGAGAGCAAGCCAGAGCAACCGGCAGCACCAGCGGGACCGAAAGCUCCAAGGAAUCGCAAUUGGCGUGUACGAGUGAAGAACUUCGGACCGGUUCGGCGAUUGACAUUCAACAGCUUUUUACGCACAUAAAUGUGCAUCACGAUUUUAAACCACGGAUAUAACUUUGGAUGGUACGAAAAUGUUUAUUUGCAUGGAUAUUGGACAUCGUUGCUCGCAUCUAAAACAAUCAACACGCCACUUUGUAUCUUGUUUUCACCAUUACUGCAUGUAGACUCACGAAACUCCAAAAUUCCUUUGUCGGAUGAUUAUUUCCAUGACUCACCGAACCGGCAGACAUCUGCAUAUUCAUGAAUAAACGCAAUGUUCAUUGC